AUGCGCAGAACUCGAGUACAUUCGCCGCAGCUCUCACGAAAUACGUCUAAGGCACAUACCGGACGAAGCAGGCCAUGUGCUCAUCCACUAUCUCCACACGGACCUACAAGUUGGUUGAUAGCGCUUGCCGAGGCGAAGAUCUCUCAUUAUGCGGGAGCAUUGCCUGCUUCGGAGAUUCUCAUUUUAGCAUCUGAUGCUUGUCAACUCCUGGGAGAGGAUGGCCUCUGGUUCUUGUCCUUCACCAGAGUACGCAUUCAGCAGAUGUUCGCAGACUCGGCCUCAUUGAACAAGACGGGCUUUCUGGGAUGCUUUGAAAGCGCGACGCCAUACUCCAAUCCUUAUUUUAACCAGGAAGAUUGGGACGCUUUACUUUUUCCGGAUCUUGAGAAACCCAAGUUUAGUUUUUCCGUGGAUGUGCCAUUAUUUGGUUGCGACAUUGGAGAAGAGAAUCAACGCGACAAAUGCGUGUAUCCCGAUGUUGGAGGCCUGGAAGUCCAAGUUUCAAUGUACUUGCCGGGACAAGAGCCUAGUUACGUUGAACUCUGA